GAACAAGUGACGCACCCUGACCACCACCAACGCUUCCUCCAGGCAACAUCCCAAAGGAUUACCGAAUUCCACCCACAAACGCCGUAAUCGCACCGAGAGUCCCAAAAGAUGGCCUCAUACCAAAUGAAGAUCAUCUUGAAGGUCCUCUUCCUUCACGUAAGUUUGCCAUGCCCCUUUCGCCUUCGGUCGCAAGCUACCAACUGCAUCCAGCUUAGACACUACCCAUUCUCUAUCCAUGGCAUCGCCGUCCCCACCAACGCCGUCGAGCUCUUGACUUCGAAGCUGGUCUGUGACCCUAUUGAAACCCACCUUACGCUCGCCAUGCACGGUCUGCUCACCUGCCUCAACACCGGCAAGCACCUAAGCAUCUUCGACUUUCUGGUUGAUUCCUACGUCGCUGUCGCCAUCCUCAACGAUCGCAACUGGCAGGACGAUAGACCCACCGCCACGAACGUCCAUGUCAUGUUGAAGCGCAUUAGAGAGGAGGUGAUCAAGCUGAUCAAGGCUCUGGUCGACAGACACGCCGGUGUCUUGACAGGCAAUAUUAUGGACGUCGAUGGCACUUUCCCUGUAAGUACAUUGUCCCUCGCCCUUCUGCAAUAUUUAGAAUCGAGCGACUGACCCCCGCUAGGCGGCCACGAGAGCUGAUUAUAACAGCAUGGAUCCAUUCGAGGUGUUGGGUAUCAAGAACCACAUCCAAUACGCCGUAAGUGGUGCCUCUCGUUAUUCGUCCUAGGACAAUGUCCCA